AUGCCGAAGCUGGCCUCGCACUCGCGUUCCCUUUGCCUGGCGCUGCAGCCAUCGAGAGCGGCGGGCCGCUCGGUCACAUUCUCGCCGCGGAGAACCCUUGCCCAUCCACGCCAUGGCAUCCUUAACGACCCGUGGCUACCUGCGUCCUCAACGGUGCCACUCCCAACAGUCCACUUCUCGCCGACUAGAGAGCGCAGAGAUCUUAAUGGGCUGGAUGGAGCCCCGGGAAAAAGCGACCACAAACCGCCAGACGAGCGGGUCUUGAAGCUUGGAAAGACAUUACGGACACUAUCGCCUCUCCUCCCAACAAUAUUAUACAAUACCCUCCCGCCCGAUAUCCUUGCGCCGAGCGUUAAUCUCCACCUCUUCCCCUCAACACAUCCACAUCUCCCAACCGUCAAGGGACGCACAUUAUACCGUGCCGCACUCUGGACUGUCCCUGUAGCCUGGAGCAGUGUCCCGCUCGUAGGAAACGUGAAGCUGCAGAUCUUGAGCGAGCGGAUCGUGCGCGCGGGGACAGUCCUCGACCCCAUGCAUGAGGACCAGCAUGACUGCGGUGACGAGCGGCUAGUCGUGCGAUGGCGGACAGAGCCGCGCACUGAUAGCCGACCCUUCCAUGAUACAAAUGCGUCGUCGGGGGCGCAAAGCGAUAAGCUGAGCUCACCACAGACUGCUAGGGCCGGAGCCGGCGUCUCGCCGGGGCAGAGCCAUCUCUCAAGUUCGAAGAAUGGGACAAAUAGAGGACUCAGCGUGCUCCUCGGGGGCGACGAGCCCAUCUUCAAACUCUCCAAGGAAGAGCAAUUCACUGGAUUAUUCAUCUUCUCUUUCGAUGAAAAGGGCCGCAUCUUGACGCAUACUAUCGAGCAUGCUGAUGAUGCGGAAGGAUGGGACCGAACCGCUAAAUUUGUCACGUUGACUGACUGGCUAAUUGGCAAAGCACGCGGGUCUCUUGAUCCGACGCCAAAUCCUGGGCUAGCCAUGUCUUGGGAGAACUAUGGAUUGCAACCCGGUCACGCAAACUAUCACCGUCGGCACUGA